AUUUCUAGAACCAAUAGAGAUGACUCAGAUGAGUAGGCUAACGUAUGGUUAACAUGUAUUCCAUCUUGGCCUAGCAUUUUGAUCCCUCUGUUACUCUCUGACUUCACACCGCUCCCAUCUUAUAAGGACACGCACAGAGAUAAAUGCCCGUACCAAUUACCAAACCCCUAGCCUAUCAUUAUCAACGGUCACCCAUCCACAACCAUGUGCACCUUAGAAAAGCGCGGCGACCUCUUCUUCCUAACACUCACCGGCGACGGCGAGCACCGCUUCAGCCCGACAGUCAUCGACUCCCUCAUCUCGGUUCUCUCCCAAGUCAAAUCCCAAGCCGUUCGCGGCUCCGCUCUGAUCACCACCGCCCACGGCAAGUUCUUCUCCAAUGGGUUCGACCUAUCCUGGGCCCAAGCCGCCGGAUCCUCCUCCGGCGCCCGUGAGCGGCUCCACCACAUGGUUGAGUCCUUCAGACCGGUCGCCUCCGCGCUUCUCUCGCUCCCUAUGCCCACCAUAGCCGCCAUAAACGGCCACGCUGCCGCCGCCGGAUUCCUCUUCGCGCUCAGCCACGACUACGUCUUGAUGCGGCACGACAGAGGCGUGCUGUACAUGAGCGAGGUCGACCUCGGGCUGACCUUCCCCGAUUACUUCACGGCCAUGAUGAGGUCAAAGAUCGGCUCGGUUUCGGCCAGGCGGGACAUCUUACUCAGGGGGAUGAAGAUUAAGGGGGAGGAAGCGGUGAGGGCAGGGAUAGUGGACGCGGCGCACGAGAGCGCGGAAAGCGUGGUAGAGGCGGCGGUGCGCCUGGGAGAACAGUUGGGGCGGAGGAAGUGGAACGGCGAGGUGUACGCCGAGAUAAGGAAGAGUCUGUAUCCGGAGGUGUGUGGGGUGCUGGGAUUGGCUCCCAAAACCGUAAUAGCCUCUUCCAAGCUUUAGACAGAAAUUAAUGUCAUGGCCCUUCUGUCCGUCCUUGUGCCACCAAAUAAGAUAUAUCUUGGGUCUAAUAAUCUAUGUAUUUUGUGGAUUUUCAUAAGUUGGGGUUGGGUUUUGGAUGAUAAGUGAGAUAUAAAUCAGUCACUAAACAAAGUUUGAACUUCGAAUCAAUCUCAUUGUUGGAAUAUACACAAUUUUCUUUUUA